CUCGGAAAUUCCUCGACCAGCCAUCCACCCCCGAAGAAUCCAUUCGAAAUGCCAAACGCUAAGAGCAGCGGCAAGAAGCCAGCCGGCAAGACCGGACGCAGCGCCAUCGCCGACGUCGUCGCGCGCGAAUACACGAUACAUCUACACAAACGAGUUCAUGGUGUCAGCUUCAAGAAGAGGGCCCCGAGGGCGAUCAAGGAGAUCCGUGCUUUCGCUGAGAAGGCUAUGGGCACCAAAGACGUCCGACUAGACCCCCAACUCAACAAGAAGGUCUGGGAAGCCGGCAUCAAGGGCGUCCCGUUCCGUCUCCGAGUCCGCAUCUCCCGAAAGCGUAACGAUGAGGAGGGUGCCAAGGAGAAGCUAUACUCGUACGUCCAAGCCGUCAACGUCAAGGACCCCAAGGGUCUGCACACUACCAUCGUCGAGGAUCAAUAGAUUGAUGCAUGUGGUGGGUGGUGGGGUGAGAGAUAGAGAGGGGAACUGCAUAUCAAAAGGAUGGCGUAAUUACCUUUUUGGUGAGACGGAUGGGAUGAAGGUUUCGCUGAGUAGCUAUAGGGAACAUGGCGAAAGGCUGGAAAUUAUGGAAAUGCAAAUGAUAUCAUCUUGUCCCACCAAUGCCUCUAGAUUAGACAGCCGUGGGGUCCGAAGAGAUUCAUCUCCGCAUCACCUAAUCCUC